UUCAUCAUGAAUGACUGUGUUCAUGUCCAGCCCCCGGAUACAAUCACUGAUUCACCUUCAACCACUGCCGCCGAAUCCAUUCACGGCCAGGUGAAUGUUCAUCUCCCUGAGUCUUCUAGCUCAAAGGAAUGUUUCCACCUCUCACCAUCUUCUCCAUCUCACCAAUCUCCCACCUCAGAAUCUGCCCACGCUUUGCAUCCUGGGCUUGAUCAACCAUCUCAGAAUCAUUUGCCUGAACCCGCGGCGUCUCCUUCAAGCCCCGUGCAAGCUGAUUAUCACAAUCCACUAGAUUGGCCAUCACAGGCCACAUCAUCCGCACUCACAGCUUCUUCGCACGGCUCCAGCUCCAUUUCAGAUCGAUCUCAAAUAUUUCGAUCUCAAGUGAGCACACCCUCAUCUACUCAUCCACAUAUACCCUUUCAUCGCAUCAGUAAGCAUAGACAAAUGUCACAAUCGUUUUCACAGCCGACUUCCUCACGAGGUCCAACUACUCCCUUCCAGAUGAAAACCAGAAGUCGUGUGGCGAGAAGCUCAGAUCCUCCAUCCUUUGCUCGCGCGGCCUCAUCUGCAUCAUCUGAAUCAUCAUCAGUGCCAGACAAUCCCACUGUCAUGACUCCUGAUCAGACCGCUUCAACCCCGUCUGCACGGACCAUCACUGAGCCCAAGGCUCCUGCUGCGGCUCCAACAUCCACCUCAUCCCCCCAGAUGGCACCAGAGUCUCGCGAUUUCGACUCUGCUGGCCCCGCGCCAGACCUGGACACCUCCACCAAAAGCACCAAAAGCAGAUCACCGUCACCAGCUUCGACUGACCCAUCUUUUCAAUCACCAAAUCCAACUCAGCCCUCAACUGAGAAACGUAGUCUUCGGCCUCGGAAGAGCCUCGCUUCAGCAGAUCAGGUUCCAUUCUCAGAUCGUCCAAGACGCAGCACUGCCCGUGUUUCCUCCAACCCACCGAGCACCCCAGAAUCGCUCGACAGCCAUCAGACACCAAGCUCAGAUGUGCGCAUGAAAAGCCCUCCUCCUGCUACACAGUCCAUUUCUAGCGUUGAGGGGUCUCGCUUCCAGACGGCUUCUGGGCAUUUGGAUCCCGUAGAUCCCGCAGAUCUUCAAUCCUCACCAAUCGAUUCCCCAGCAUCGUUCGACAACGAUACCAUUCCAGUGGUGCGAAGAAGAGUGCCUACUGCCAUUCAACCAUUGUCUGAUAGGCGCACGCUUCGUCCUCGAAACGCCACUGAUACCAUCGACCAGGCUGGUUCAACUGCAAAGAAGCGUAAGGCUUCUGAUGAUUCCCCCGACGAGCCAAAAGCCAAGCGUCAGUUGCUGGUGACACUCAAGUACGCCCAAAAGAGUAAUCCAAAUUCCAAUGCCACCAAUCAUCAAGAAACUCCUGUUGAUUCCUCUUUCGAAGGCAAAGUGUCAACCCCUUCCAGUGUCAAUGGUAAUAUGACGCCGUCGACAUUCCUGGAGCCUAAAGAUAAGAGCAAGCCUACCAACCCCCGGAUGCAAGCCAUCGAUGCGAGAUCCAUCUCGCCAUCCGAGUCUCACUCACCAAGAAGACCAACAAGAGGUGGCGCUGCCGGUCGUCUUCGAGGAGGGAAGAACUUUGGGUUUCGUAAAGGAAGGCAUAUGGCCCAUCGAUACGGAGGGCGCGAGAGUCCUGAUCCUCCUUUCCGCAAAGGUCCCAUGUCCAAAAUGGAUCGAGUGGAGAUCUCAAUGCUCAAGAACCGACAACACGAGCUGAAGAAAUUCUUCAAUAUGGUCGGAAAUCAACAAUGCGAUAUUCUUGACAUUCUCGCCACCAAGGAUAUUGCAAAAAUUUGUCGCAAGCCUAGGGCUCACAAGCAUGCCCCUCAGUACGAACAAGUGGUUGGACAGCUCCAAGAGGUCUUGGAACGCACCAAGGAAGACGUCCGUGCCAGAUACGAUUUAGAACUUGAAUACGAGCUCAACCGUCAACGUGAAGAACUGGAAGCAAUGAAUCGACAGUAUCGACAAGUUCUAGUGGAGAUCCAAAAAGAAUAUGUCGCCGGCUCUGAAGGGGAUAUCAUGCUGUUUGAACAUGCCUACCGUGCUGCACACGACGACACCUACACCGAAUUUGGCUCCAGUGUUGACGUUAUCCCACAUUAUCACGAAUGCCCCGAGGCUAACGCAAAAAUCCGAGGAUAUGUUUCCAACCGUAUUGUUGAUGAAAAGCCGUACAAGGGUUUGGUUGCUACCUCUGACAAUGAUCAAGCACGACAGAAAACCUUGAACGAGGAAGUUGUUGUUCCUUUGCUGAGAGAAAUUGAAGAUCGGGCCCAGCUAUGGCGCGAGGAUUAUGCCAACAGAACAGGCCAAACCAUGGACGCUUUGGCUCUGGAGGCUGAGAGAGAGCUAGAAAACCUCCACCGGCCUCCUCCUAUGGAAUUCCCACCCAUGCAAACUGCCAGUUUCACACAAGGCAAUGUGUAUGCACUAUCAACUCUUGCGGAUGUGUCAGAACAGGUUGCUCUUGGAGAGAUUGCUUUACCAACACCGCAGUACCCCAAUCCUCUCAGACGUCCUGAAACUGGUUACUACCGACCAGAAAGAGAUUAUUCUCCACGGCCGCUGAGUCCAACAACACUACCAAAUCAUCACCAUCCGGCCUCAUUGCCGCCUCUUGCAAUGCCAGAUCUGUUCCAUUCCAACCCAUAUGGACAGCCACCGCCACCGCCACCGCCACCACCCUACGUGCUCUACAGGAUGUCUCCUGUGUAUGGACCGCACAAUGGCGUGAUGCAACCAGCACCCACAAUUGCUCCCAAGCAAUCACAACCAUCACCGAUGCCAGCUUCCCUUCGCCCAGUCUCACGCAACGCCGAAUCCGAUCCAUAUGAUCAUAUGAACCGCUCAGUAUUCUCGACCUCACCAGUCAACAGACUCAUCCCUGCCCGACCACAGUCCAGCACAGGAUCCGCCGCCAUCGCACCACUCCUAUCACCUAUGAUCUCCAGUGGCCCAGGCCAAGCCAUCGCACCAGCUCCACCCAAAGCCCGUAACUCACUCUCCGGACUCAAUACAUUCCGGGCACGGCUAUCAUCAAUGAAUUCGAAUUCAUCUUCCAACACCAACGCCGGAGGAAAUACAAAUCCAAGCACUAAUGCACCUCCUCGAUUCAUCUUCACCACUCCUCAACAAGCACCACAACAUCAAUCAGCUCCGAGUCCUACGGCUAAUACCCAAAGCGGUGCAGCAUCGGAAUCUGCUCCAAAUUCUGUAGCAGCGACUGCUACUGGAUCAUCAGCAUCGGAAUCCCGCGCUCGAAUGCCAAUGAUGUUUGUCAAUCAAACCAUUGAGAGUCGGAAAGCCGCGGCGGCGGCGUUGAAUACUUCCAGCCGUGGCGGAUCUCCUCCGGUUAGUGGGGGGAGUGGGAGUGGGAAUAGCAACGGGAGUUCAAAUGGUUCUGGCAGUGGAAAUGGAAAUGGAAAUGGUAACGGGAGUAAUAAUGGUACUCCUACUAAUAUCAAGGGCGGACAACGAAUUCUUCUACCAAAGAUGUAGGAGAAGAAGGCCAGGAAGGGAAGGCUAUUGUGACUUGGGGGCCUGGUACAAACCAAACUUGUAUCUAUUGUUUUUCUUGUUUUUCUUUGAAGGGGAAAGGGGGUGAAUUGGUCGGAUGUGCAGUCCGAGAGAGUUGAGGACUGAGUGAUGGAUUGGUUUAUUGGUGGGGUUGAUUGUGACGAUGACCU